AGCCCCUCUAAACGGUGCUGCUGGUCUGGUGUGGAUGGCAUGCGGCGCAGAGAUAGCAGCAGCCCUCUCUGUCAUCCCCACAUGCCCAAUCCCUUCUUUCCGCUUGCUCCUCCCCCCCCUCUCUAUCCCACCCCUCUCCCUCCUCUUCCAGAGCCCCUCUAAACGAGCCCCUCUAAACGGUGCUGCUGGUCUGGUGUGGGUGGCAUGCGGCGCAGAGAUAGCAGCAGCCCUCUCUGUCAUCCCCACGUGCCCAAUCCCUUCUUUCCGCUUGCUCCUCCCCCCCCCUUCUCUAUCCCACCCUUCUCCCUCCUCUUCCAGAGCCCCUCUAAACGGUGCUUCUGGUCGCGUGUGUGGCAUGCGGCGCAGCGUGUAG